GAGCGCGUGCGCACUUCCACGCGGCCGAGUUCUUCGGGGGUCCCUGCCUUUAGAUCCCGGGCGGCUGCCGCGGGCCGUGUACCGAGGGGUCCGCCCGGAUCGCCCACCAUGCUUUGGGGGCUGCGCCGUCGUGGGGCCAGGGCGGCGGGUCUCGCCGCGGCCCGCAGGUUAUGGGAGCUAGCCGGGUUCUCUGGCCGUCUGGGGUAUCUGGGGAUGACUAGGAGGCUCGAGGUGCGGUCCGUGGCUGGGGCGAAUAGUCCCCAGAGCAGCCCGAAUAGCGGCAAGUACCGCGACACUGUCCUGCUGCCGCAGACCGGCUUCCCGAUGAAGCUUCUGGGCCGCCAGCAGCCCGACAUGGAGCUGGAGAUCCAGCAGAAAUGUGGGUUUUCAGAGCUUUAUUCCUGGCAAAGAGAAAGAAAAGCAAAGAAGGAAUUUUGCCUUCAUGAUGGACCUCCUUAUGCAAACGGUGACCCGCAUGUUGGGCAUGCCUUAAACAAGAUUUUGAAAGACAUUACCAAUCGAUACCAUAUGAUGAGAGGUUCCAAAGUGCAUUUUGUGCCUGGUUGGGACUGCCACGGGUUGCCCAUUGAAACAAAAGCGUUAUCAGAGAUUGGUGUAAACGCUCAGACUCUUUCAGCCAUGGAAAUCAGAGAGAAAGCGAGGUCAUUUGCUAAAGCAGCCAUUGAGAAGCAGAGGGCAGCAUUCGUCCGCUGGGGAGUGAUGGCGGAUUGGGAUAACUGUUAUUACACAUUUGACCCAAAGUACGAAGCCAAACAGCUGAGGCUGUUUUACCAAAUGUACGAGAAGGGCUUGGUUUAUCGAUCUUACAAACCCGUGUUUUGGUCUCCCUCAUCAAGGACCGCGUUGGCCGAGGCAGAACUUGAGUACAACCCCAAGCAUGUUAGUCGGUCGGUGUACCUAAGAUUUCCUCUUUUGAAACCUCCUCCUAAGCUGGAAUCUCUUACAGGUGCCUCAGCUCCUGUUAGCGUUUUAGUCUGGACCACCCAGCCUUGGACAAUUCCUGCCAAUCAGGCUGUUUGCUAUAUGCCAGAGGCAAAGUAUGCUGCUGUGAAAUGCUCCACUUCCGGAGACGUCUACAUCCUGGCUGAAGAUAAAAUACCAGCUAUCGCUUCUGUCUUGGAAACAAAAUUUGAAGUUAUUUCAACAUUUUCAGGUGUGGAUCUGGAAGGUGGGACUUGUAGUCACCCUCUAAGUCCUGAUAAAGGGUCUCCCCUCUUACCUGCCACUCAUGUGACUAUGGCCAAAGGAACGGGAUUGGUUCACACAGCCCCAGCUCACGGUAUGGAAGAUUACAGCGUAGCAUCUCAGCACAACCUCCCUAUGGACUGUUUGGUGGAUGAAGGUGGAAUGUUCACUGAUGCUGCAGGGCCUGAUCUUCAGAGCAAGGCUGUACUUGAUGAGGGAACAGAUGCGGUUAUAAAGAUGCUUCAGUCUGCAAAGAAUUUGUUGAAAGAAGAGAAAGUGGAGCACAGUUAUCCCUGUGACUGGAGAACUAAGAAACCUGUGGUGAUUCGGGCCAGCAAGCAGUGGUUUGUAAAGAUCAUGGAUAUCAAGGCUACAGCGAAGGAGUUGUUGAAAACAGUGAAGUUUAUUCCUGGAGCGGCGCUGAACAGCAUGGUUGAUAUGCUGGACAGGCGGCCAUACUGGUGCAUAUCACGGCAGAGAGCUUGGGGUGUUCCAAUUCCUGUGUUUCAUCAUAAGACAAAAGAUGAAUAUUUGAUCAACAGCCAAACCACCGAGCACAUCAUUAAACUGGUAGAGCAGCGCGGCAGCGAUGUCUGGUGGACCCUCCCCCCUGAACAGCUGCUCCCAGAGGACGUUGUAGUGCAGGCUGGUGGCCCAGAUGCUUUGGAAUACCAGCCAGGGCAGGACAUUCUGGACAUCUGGUUUGACAGUGGAGCUUCAUGGUCUUGUGUUCUUCCAGGCACCGAGCAGAGGGCAGACUUGUACUUGGAGGGGAAGGACCAGCUGGGGGGCUGGUUCCAGUCUUCCUUACUAACAAGUGCAGCCACGAGGACAAAAGCACCUUUCAAGACAGUGAUGGUUCAUGGAUUUACUCUUGGAGAAAAAGGAGAGAAGAUGUCCAAGUCCCUCGGGAAUGUCAUUAAUCCGGACACUGUCAUCAAUGGAGGAGAAGAUGACAGCAGAGAGCCUCCCUAUGGAGCCGACGUCCUGCGCUGGUGGAUAGCUGAGGCCAAUGUCUUCACCGAAGUGGCCAUUGGCCCCUCUGCACUCGGUGCUGCCAGAGAGGACAUCAACAAGCUUAGAAACACACUCCGCUUUCUCUUGGGAAAUGUGGCUGGAUUUAACCCAGAGACGGACUCUGUUCCUGUCAAAAAUAUGUACGUCAUAGACCAGUAUAUGCUGCACUUAAUUCAGGAUUUUGCAACAAAGAUUACUGAAUCGUACAAACAGUAUGACUUUGGAAAAGUGGUCAGGCUGUUAAAAGCAUUCUACACCAGAGAACUCUCCAGCUUUUACUUCAGCAUAGUCAAAGACAGGCUUUACUGUGAAAGCGAGAAGGAUCCCAAGAGGCGCUCCUGUCAGACCGCACUGGCAGAGAUUUUGGAUGUGUUGGUCCGUUCUUUUGCCCCCAUUCUUCCUCACUUGGCAGAAGAGGUGUUCCAGCACAUCCCCUACGUGAAAGAACCUAAGAGUGUUUUUCGCACUGGCUGGAUUAACACAAGCUCUAUCUGGAAGAAACCAGGCCUGGAGGAGGCAGUGGAGAGUGCCUGUGCCAUGCGAGAUUCCUUUCUUGGCAGCAUCCCUGGCAAAAAUGCUGCUGAGUAUGAGGUUAUCAUAGUGAUUGAACCAGGGCUCCUAUUUGAGAUCAUGGAGAUGCUCCAAGCUGAGGAGACCUCUAGCACGUCCCAGCUGAAUGAGUUGAUGAUGGCCUCCCAGACAACACUGCUGUCCCAGGAGCCACGGGAGAGAGCUGAAGAUGGGAUUGAGCUCACGGGAACUUUCCUCAUCAAUCUAGAAGGUGGUGACAUUCGUGAGGAGUCUUCAUAUAAAGUCAUUGUCGUACCAACUACCAGAGAAAAGUGCCCUCGAUGUUGGAAGCACACCGCUGAGACUGCAGAUGCUCUCUGUCCUCGGUGUGCGGACGUCAUUGGUGCAAAGUAACUCUCUGAUGUUAACAGUUCAGUGAGUGAUAACCCUCCUCACAGUACUGACGGGGGGGGGGAUCGGAGCCCUAGAAAGAAACCCAAGGUGUAGGUAAGGAGUAUAAGAGUAAACAGUAAAAGAUGGGAGCAAAACUCAGAAAAUCAAAAGGAGUAAUUCCUGUAACUACAGAAAGAAUAAUGUGCGCGCACACACACACUAUACACACACACA